ACAGCGCAGGAAGACUUUUGUCACCGGGAUCAACACAGACAACCUGGACGACGAAAUUACAGAUGGCAGUUGGCUCGAAGCUUGGCAUGACCUCCCCGUCGACUGCUCGGGUGAGCUUCGACAGAUGUGCCAGCAGGACUACGACAAGGAUCUCGCCGAGGAGGUCGAUCGGAUGAUGAUAAUGACGCCGCAGACGUG